AUGUCCGGUAAAGUAUUUGUCUUCCCUGGGUCUGCGGAUCCAUAUGAGGUAAAACUGAAGACGUCCAAGAACAGCUUUGGUUCUUUGACCUCCUGUCUGAGGUAUAAGACUGAUCAAACCGACUCACAUCCUCUGCUGUCUUUGUCCACGACAUCAAAUCUAAUCGGUUUCUACGUAUUGGUUUCUGAAGCCAAUAAGAUUACUCUAACCACAGCAGAUACAGAGACCGACUUCAAUUCUCUGGACCUUGCUGGCAACACUUGGCACAGAAUUUGUGCUACCUGGUGCUCAGACACCGGGCUGGGGCAGCUGUGGUUGAAUGGCAAACCCACUAUCAAGAAAUCCACCAGCUCUGGAUCUGUAGUUUCAGGGAGCCCUGAAUUCACUUUGGGCACGGGUCAUACCUCGGCAGCCAUGCCUAUGGAAUUCACGUUUGUUGGAAUGAUCUCAGAUGUCCACACAUGGGACUACGUCCUCUCGCCGACAGAGCUCCAGCACUACAUGGACGACACGGAGUUCAUCACUGGGAACGUGCACAACUGGAGGGCCCUGGACUUUAGCAUCACAGGGAAGGUUUUAGAAGAAGAAGACCUCAUACUCUCCACAGCCAGACGACGAGGAAAACACAUUUUCCACAGUAAGAUGGAGAAAACUUUCUUGAUCACGUUGAUGCUUGCAGCCAGUUGUGUGGCAACUAAAGAUCUGACCGGGAAAGUGUUCGUCUUUCCUGUGGCGAGCCAACGCUAUCACGUGAAACUGUUCACAGACAAGACCUCCUUCAUCGAACUGACCGCUUGUCUCCGGUUCAAGAGUGAUUUGGAGCGGACGUACGCGCUCGUCUCGUUGGCAGUAGACGAGGCGAGAGAUGCGUUUGGGCUCUAUGUGACGAACAGCCCGGGCACCAUGACCAUGGUCGUCCCAGGCUCGACGGCGGAGUUCAAAUUUCUCACGCUUCUGAAAAACACUUGGCACAGCAUUUGCGCUACGUGGUCUUCCACUGACUCGAUCACCCAGCUAUGGCUGGACGGCAAACCGACAGUUAAGAAAGCAACGUCCGCAGAGACUGCCACUACAGGAACACCUGACUUCAUCCUGGGUCAGGGGCACGAGGACCCUACAGGUCUUAAAGAGGACGAAAACCUAGUUGGGAUGAUGUCGGACGUCCACGUUUGGGACUACGUUCUCUCAAAAUACGAAAUCAAACGCUUCAUGGAGGAGAAAAAUUUCACUCCUGGGAACGUGCACAACUGGAAAGCUCUGACGUACGAAAUGACGGGGCAGGUAAUGCUGGAAGACAAAAUCGAUCUGAUGUAACAUCACUUCCCCGCGGAUAGAUCCAGCAAGAUCAAUAAAAAAAAAAUGUUUGAAAGACACAAUAAUGUGAAGAUUGAGAAAAUAUCUUUAAUCCAGAUGAAUGGUUGCCACACUCGAAAUACUGUAUGGCAGGAGAGGCAAAGGCAUGAGAAGGCAUUCGAGCGGCUCUUCUGGAGACAGUGAGUGAAGCAAACACGACAACCAGCUUGUUAACAUUCAAAAUAGAGCGUUCGUUUUUUGUAAGCAGGAUUACUGUCGUAAAGUGCUUCACAACUCAAAAUAUUAAGGCAAAACACCACGAUAUUUUUCUCAACUUUUUAUCACGUUGCAAUUUGGAUUUUUCCUCUUUCCAACGUCAAAUGAAUAACUGCAACUCAGACAGCAGCUGUAGUGGGAUUAUACUCUCAAGGGAAAAUUGAACAACUCUUUAAAAAGGUGAGAAAAAUAUAUUGCCUUUUUUGUUUUGUUUUUUUGCAGAACCUUUUUACAGCAUACAUAGAAAAGCUUGAAU